AAAUAAAAGCCUAUCGUCUCCGACUUGACGCGUGGGUGUCGUUGGACCCGCGGCUGAAGUACUAAGUGCUAUCAAAGGAAAAAUCGGAGGGCUGCGUUUUACUCAGCUAUGCAUUUCCAGGACUGGUUACGGUCACUUUACUUCAGCACAGGAUCCAAAGCAUCUGAAUCAGAAGACUUCUGGUGUCUUCUGCCGUCUCUGCAUCUGUCGUCUUUUUCCCUGUCUCUGUCACCCUUGUCUCUACUGGGACUAGGAGCCCUGGCUUCCUUCGCUGUGUGCUGGCUGGCGACCCGUCCUCGACCUGUCCGUCCUCCCUGUGAUUUACAAGCCCAGUCUGUAGCUGUCAAUGGAGAUCCCAGCUGCAGGCGAUCGGCUCUUCUUAAAGAUGACUCACUGCUGGAAUUUUACUACGAGGACACAAGGACGGUCUACGACAUGUUCCUUAGAGGCCUUGAGAUCUCAGGAAAUGGCCCGUGUCUUGGUUUCAGGAAGCCAGGGGAGCCCUACCAGUGGAUCUCCUACACUGAGGUGGCUGAGCAGGCGCAGGUGCUUGGCUCUGGACUGUUGGCUAAGGGCUGCCAGCCGAACCCGCAGCAGUUUGUUGGGAUCUUUGCACAGAACAGACCAGAGUGGAUUAUGUCAGAGCUGGCCUGCUACACUUAUUCCAUGGCAGUGGUGCCUCUGUAUGACACACUGGGGCUGGAGGCCAUGGUCCACAUACUCAACCUGGCCGAGAUCUCUCUGGUGAUCUGCGAUCGGGAGGAGAAGGCAGCAUCUCUGCUAGAGAACAAGGAGAAGGGCAGGACUCUGAAGCUCUCCUGCCUGGUUCUUUUUAAUGACUUCAGUGAUGCCUUUGCGGAGAGGGCAAAGAACUGCGAGGUGGAGGUUUUGAAAUUGGAGCAGCUCAUGGAUCUGGGAAGGCAGAACCUCAAAGAUCCUGUGCCGCCCCAGCCCCAGGAUCUGGCCGUGGUUUGCUUCACCAGUGGAACCACAGGGAAGCCCAAGGGAGCCAUGAUCACCCACGGCAACAUCGCCUCCAACACUUCCUCUGUCAUUAAGAUCCUGGAGGGUUCCUUUGCGAUCCAGCAAGAGGAUGUGUCGAUCUCUUACCUCCCGCUUGCCCACAUGUUUGAAAGGAUGAUUCAGGUCACUAUGUUCUGUCAUGGGGCCAGAGUGGGCUUCUAUCAAGGGGACAUUUCUCUUCUUAUGGAUGACAUUAAAACUCUCAAACCUACCUUCCUUCCUGUUGUGCCUCGUCUACUCAACCGCAUCUAUGACAAGAUCCUGGGUUCUGUGACUUCUCCGCUGCGACGAGCUUUGCUUCACUAUGCUGUGAGGAGAAAGCAGGCGGAGCUCAGGAGCGGGGUUAUACGUAACAACAGCCUGUGGGACAAACUGGUGUUCAACAGGAUUCAUGCCAGUUUAGGAGGAAACCUACGCUUCGCCCUGACUUCUUCAGCACCCAUCUCCCCCACUGUGCUGUCUUUCCUCAGAGCCACUCUCGGCUGCAUUAUAUUUGAGGGUUAUGGCCAGACAGAGUGCACUGGAGGCUGCACCUUUUCUUUGCCUGGAGACUGUAGCGCAGGUCACAUUGGUGCUCCUUUACCUUGUGCUAUGGUGAAACUGGUUGACAUCCCUGAGAUGGACUACUGUGCUAAGAACGGAGAAGGCGAGAUUUGCAUCCGUGGCCCCAGCGUGUUCAAAGGCUACCUGAAGGACCCAGAAAGGACUGCUGAAGCCUUGGACAGCGAUGGCUGGCUGCACAGUGGGGACGUGGGCCAGUGGCUUCCAAAUGGGACACUUCGCAUCAUUGACAGAAAAAAGCACAUCUUCAAGUUGUCCCAGGGAGAGUACAUCGCUCCAGAGAAGAUAGAAAACAUCUACAUGCGUUGUGUUCCUGUGCUGCAGGUGUACGUACAUGGGGACAGUUUACAGUCUCAUCUCAUAGGCAUAGUUGUGCCUGACCCUGAGGUGUUUGUUCACUGGGCUAAAGAGCAGGGAUUUGUGGGGUCCUAUGAGGAGCUGUGCCAGAAUCCUGAUGUAAAGAAUGCUGUAUUAGAGGACAUGAAAGUUGUAGGGAAGGAAGCAGGGCUAAAGUCCUUCGAACAAGUGAAAGACCUUUACUUGCAUCCAGAGAUGUUCAGCGUUGCCAAUGGCCUUCUCACGCCCACCCUGAAAAGUAGACGUGCUGACAUCCGCAGAGUCUUCAAAGAACAGUUAUCAAGCAUGUACAGCAAGACGGCCAUUUAAAGGACUUCAAUCUGUAAUUCACACACAACACCCAAGGGUUACUGGUGUCUAAUAAGCUAAAAUAUAGGGCAGGGACCUGGGAGAAGAACAUUUAAAAUAUACAACUGAAUCUAUUUUGGAGUAUUAGUAUCUUGCUUCAAAGACGUUUAACAUCAGUCUCUUGCAUACACCGAUCAGGCAUAACAUUAUGACCAUCUGUAUGCACUUCAAUGCAACACAUCUGCCUUAACACUUGUUUA